CACCGGUCCGUCCGAAGAUAGAACAGGUUUUCACCCCGACCAACACUCACCGUCACCGAACGCCACACCCAGGCUAUCAUGCCGCCCACGCGGCCAUGGCCAUCGGGCAGCACCAAGCCACAGGCUCUGCCCAAGAGCACCGUGCUACCACGAUCAGGGCCGCCGCCCGGGCAUCCCGGACCUAGACACCACCACACCCAAGAUCCGCCGCUACCUCAACGAAAGAGACAAGCGGAAAGGUCCCACCUUUCACACCCUGGGCGGCCCCAGCGCCUGGCUUCCAUCAACCCGUCCUGCGGCACCGGGCGCGAGACGAGCUCGGUCCUGCAGCAUCAUGAGCGAGACGAGGUCGAUACUACUUCAUCAGGCGCGAGACGAGCGAUGGGCCGCAGCUGGGAGAGAACCAGCCCUUUAACGAAAGUAACGACCGGAUUACGAGGAGUAGGAUCGAAGGUCCACACAGACCGCUUACGAGCGAGCCAACGCCGAACAAGCUAGCCGCCGCCACAACCGACCCGCCACCUCACGAGCUACUCACCGACGGCCGACGCCGGAGAAGACCAGCCGCCACCGAGGAACGACCCGAACCAUGAGCCACCACCACGUUGUGGCAGCCCACAUCCACACCGGGACCCUAAGGGCCAGCCCCGAGCCGCCUGCCGGCGACCAUGGGCCAGAUCCGAGUUGAUCUGGCCGGCACUACCGCUGCGAGCAGUAGCCGCUGGCUCGCCGCCGAGGACCAUGGCCAUAGCCAUGACCCCACCGAGUCACAACCCGCUCCCGCGCCGCCCGACGCCCACGAGCCCGCCAUAACGGAUCUGGACGGGCCCGCCGCCGCCAAGCGCACACCCCCAGCACUUUCACCGCUGCCGCGCGCCACCCCCACCAGUAGGCCAUGGCAAGGGCAGCAGCCCACGCCCUGUGCCGCCGCAACCCUCGUCGCCCUGGGGAACGGGGAAGAGAAGGACUCCCACCACCACCACGCACACGCCCUGCCACCACACAGCCAGCCACGCCACCGCCGAGCCCACGCCGACGGCCGGAGCUAUCGUUGCAGCACCGCAAGGCCCCGCGCACGCCUGACGCCUCCGACGGACAGGCCACCCCUCGCCGCCCGUGCCCGUGCGGAAAGGACGGAGCCCCCGCCGCUAGCCACCACCAGAGGCUUUGCCCAGGCGUCUCCGGCCGGCGGCGGCGGGGAGACGGGAGAGGGGGGGUGCUGGGGACGUGAGGUGGCGGCGCCGCCCGAGCCGCCCGCGGGCGAGACGGCGGGGGGCGAGAGCGGGAGGAUAAGACUCGAAAUACAACGGAGAUGAUGAUAGAAUCAGCACCUUGCCCAGCGACAUUCUGGUCAACAUUCUUGACCGACUCAAUGUCCGUGAAGCUGCGAGAACCAGCAUCCUCUCCAGACGGUGGAGUCAGCUCUCUUGCAAGCUCCCCCGGCUUAUCAUAAAUGCUCAGCCUGAUGGUGUGUCUCGCUCCAACUCCAACAUCUCUGAUGGUGACUUCGUUCGGAUCAAUGCAGCUGCUGUUGAAGCGACAAAGAGCUUACUGACCCGCAGAUGUCCAGGCGAAGACACCAUCCGCCUCCUGUCUACCACCUUCUACUUGAGAGGUGAUGUCUCCAUAUCCAUUGGACAUGCUGUUGGCAGCGCCAUGACGACACAGAAGAUUGAGAAAGCCGAAGUCACAGUUUUGACAGUGAAGGAACGCCGACACUGCACUCUUGAUGAUGUGUUGAACUACGGGGCACAGUUUGUGUCAUUUUUUAAUGAGUGUCUAAAUGCAUUUACUGGUUUGACGCGCCUCUACAUGGAGAAUUUGAGGUUUGUUGAAUCUGACUUCGUCUCCAACAUCUUCGUCACUUGCAAGCGAUUAAACUACUUAGGUUUUCUCAAUUGCGACACAAAGGAGCAUUUAACACUCCAGGUUGAACACGCUCAGCUCAGUGAGCUCAGUAUGGUCAACUGCCGUUUUUACAAAGUCGAACUCAAGUGGCUCCCAAGACUCACCAGGACAACGUUCACAUGUUGGAUGGCUUUCGAAGAACUACCACUGUCAUUUGGUCAUGUCCCACUGCUCGAGUUUUUUAACAUCACAAAUGUUGGUCUUAGUCGGCACAAAAUGGUCAUGUUAAGUACAUUACUUUGUGAGACACACAUACAAGAACUGUGGUUGGGGUUUAAAUGCGAAAAGAUUUGGGUUCAACCAGAGUAUCUGAGCAAAAGGCUGGCAUCUGCGUUCUGCAGACUAAGGAUUGUCAGUCUAGUUUGCAUUCCUGAAGGGUCCGAUCUCACGUGGACAAUUUUCAUUCUGGAAGCUGCGCCAUCACUUGAGGAGUUGUACAUGUCGGUAAUUGAUCAUCCGUGUGAAAUGAUAAUUGAUCCGAAAAGGAGGAUGGAACUCUCGCUUAGCGAGAACAAGGGCGUCGAGUGGGAAUCACCUAGACCACAUUUCAAGCACCGCCGCCUUGCCAAGCUCGUCAUCUUUUGCUUUGUAAAUUACAUGGUGAGUUAUGUCAGGCGUGUCAUGAAAGCAGCGGUGAAUCUGAAGGACGUGUACCUGUAUGAUAGACUGGCAUGUAGCAAGUGCAAACACAUGGCGGUUUUUAAGCCUGGUAGGCUUCCACGGGCAAAGAAGAAGUUGGAAGCGAUGAAGAAGCUGUUGGCCCAGGGCAUCGAGUCAGCUCCCAGAAUUCACUUGCAGACCCAUUCUGAAAUGGACGCUGACCAUGCUGCAAGGGUUAAAGACUACUUAUGUUCAUGAAGAUAGCUGAAGGCUUUCAGGAAGUUCAUGUAAUAAAGGUCGGUUGGAGUAACUCUAUGACUUGUCUGGCUCUUGUUUGAUCUGCUUUUCUUUACUCAAAAGUCAGAACCACUUGGAAGUAGAAAAAUAAGAAUUACUCAAUCCUGUUGUAGCGUAAGUAAAUUUUAGGACCAGGUUUGAAUUGGAUUUUGAUGCUAUGAUGUGUUAUU